CUCUCCACCUCAUCCUAUUCAUCCCCCCUCUUCAUCCCUUUUAUUCUUCCUCUUCAUGCCCCUUCUUUCCUUCCAUACCCCCCACAUCACUCGCUCUCCCUCCCUCCUUCUACCCUCAUCUACUUUAAACCCCUCUCCUCCUCUACCUGCUCCUCCUUGUCUCAAAGACCUCCCUCUUUUUUCUCCUGCUCUAAAUCUCCCUCAUCUUCUCCUUUCUUUCAUUCCACCUCUCCUCAUUGUGCUCCCCCUUUUUCUCCCACUGCUCUCCUCCUUCUCUCAUCCCUUUCCCUCCUCCUCAUGCCUCUCUCUUCUCCCUCUCUUCUUUUCUCAUCAUUCCUUUGCCCCAUCCUCUCCUCCCCCCCCUUUUGUGUUGUAAGUCUGCUCUAACUGGUCCUACCUCUCUUCUGGUUGCCAUGGUUACCUUCAUCAUAAUUUCUGGUUACCGUGGUGACGGACAGGGAUGACAGUAGCUUCUCUCACGCGUCUGUCUCUCUCUGGUACUUUUGUUAUCGAUCACUGAUCUGAUCAUCUGAUCAGGUGUUUAUCUUUCAUCUGGGAGCGUGAUCGAUAUCGCCGCUGACGUCAUUCCGUAUCCCUUUUCUGCGGGAAGUCGCUGUAGGGGAAAAACUGCUGAUCAGCCAAUCUGCAGCCGGACUGAGUCUCUGCGGGUAUUCUUUCUCUCCUUCAUCCGUCUCUCCUGCUCCCCUCUUCACCUACUCCUCUUUCUCCUCCGCUCCACAUCAGCGAUGCUCCCGCCGGGCCUGGCCGGCCUUGGAGCUCUGUCCACGGGCUGGAAGUAGAUCGGCAGGUCGGUGCGGGUCGCGUCUCUCCGUCAUGGUGCAGAAAUCCCGAAACGGCGGGGUGUUCCCCGGAGCGCAGGCCGACCAGAAGAAGCUAAAGGUCGGCUUUGUGGGUCUGGAGGCUGGGGGGACCGAGUCCAGUCGGGACGGAGCUCUGCUGAUAGCAGGUAAACAACAGCUGAAAACCGGUUCAUGUGCGUAAAAACACCGUUAACGGAGAAACGAGGCACGAGGUUGGGAUUUGUUUAUGCGUCUGUUUGGGCAUGUUUGUGUGUAUGAGUGUGUUUGUGUGUUUAUUUCAGUCUGCUGAGUGUGUCUCUGUGUUUGUGUCAGAGAUGUUGCUCAUCUUUUAGGCAGAUUCUGACGAUCUAAUGAAAACACUAAAACUAGAACCUGAUUAUCUCAUGUGAACACUUAAACCAGAUUCUGAUGAUCUAAUGAAAACACAUAAACCAGAUUCUGGUGAUCUCAUGUGAACACUUAAACCAGACCCUGUUUCUCGUUUUCAGUCUCAGAUCUGCUGAAAGAAAUGAAAAAAAUCAGUAGCAGAGCUGCAGGGUUGGCACAAUGGGUUUGAUAUAGAAACAUUCAGGUUUAACUGCUCAGACUGCUGCCUGAAUGUGAUUGGUCGAUGCUUUUUUUCUGACAUGACAUGAAAACACACUGGCCUAUUUAUGUGGAACAUUAACAAUGAAUAUGAGCUCUUCAAUACAGAGAUCACCCUUGAUAUUAUGACCACCUAUAGGUAAAACUAUGCAAGCUACUUUUAUACAUUUAUGUCAUCUCAUCCUACUUUGAUAUAAUAUAUCAGUAAUCCGGCUCUGAGCCUUUUUUUUUUUUUGCAGAUAUAUAGGCCUACAAGAUAACGAGGGAGUACUGGAGCAUGCUGGAGGGAGACUGAUGUAAAACAUCAUACAUCUAAAUUGAAACAGUCAGCUUUUUCAGUAAAGGCUGUCGGCUUUGAAACAAUUUACCAGCUGAUAUGAUCUAGAAUAAAAUGUUGGCAAAAAGCAAACCAGAACUGUACUCAGAUUUAACUUUUUACAUUUAACUUAAUGAUUUGAUGUUUUAUGAUGAUAUUCUUUGAUGCUAAAUGAUACCAGUGGAUGAAAAAUCAAAUCUGGGAUAAGAGUUAAAAAUUAGCUAAAGCUUUAAACUCUCUGUGCAAAACUUCAUCCCUCUCAAAUCCAUACAAUUCAAUGUUCUCCAGUCCAAUGCAACAACUCUAUCAUAAAUGAUGCUUUUAUGAGGCUUUUACUUAUUCAGUUUUUGUCCACAUGAUCAGACCGGUGAUACUUUUACUCUGUAUUUAUCAUUUAAGACAUAAUAGGUGCUGGUGGUGUUCUGCAGUGUGUUUGAAUGCAGGUGUUCCCAGCUUUUUUUCCAUUUCAUUGAUAAAUAUGCAAGGACCAAAAUAUUAGGAACAUCAUUCAAUAAAAAUCACUUAUACCACUGCUGCCUGUCUUUAACAAUAAAUGUAAAGAUUAAUAAUCAUCUGCCUGACCGUGUCAAUUAAACUAGAAAUGUAGAAAUUUACUGAACACGGACUUUGUAGUCAAGAUGUUGUUUUGGAUUGGAUCAGAUUGUAUAGGUGUUUGUAAUCUUAUGGCUUGUGUUUGCUUGCUAAUAUACCUUAUUCUGCAACAGAGUGCUAUUGUCAUUAUUUGUAUUAAUGUUAUCAAAAUCAGGAAUUGAAAGUUCCUGAGAUGGUAACAACAACAAUGACAAUAACAACGACAACAACAGCAAUAUUAAUAAUGAUAACAUUUUCAGUAAUCAAUGGAAAAGUUACUGUUUUUCUGACUUAACGUUUUUUCACUUAAUGAGAUAAAGAAUGAUGACUUACAUUUAAAGUUAAAGACUGAUUAAUAUUCAUUAGGUAAACUUUUUAAUUAUGGUGUGGUUAAGUGAAUGUCACAUGUGCUCUCAGGUGGGGAGGAGGGACCUCGGCGUCAGCGCACCAGCGUCUCAGGAGGAAAGAAACCUCCGAAGAGAAACGCCCUCUACAGGCGGCUGCAGAACUUCCUGUACAAUGUUCUGGAGAGACCGCGAGGAUGGGCCUUCAUCUACCACGCUUACGUGUAAAUACCUGUCCACACGCCUGCACAUACACCUGCCUACCUCUCCAUCUUUCUUUAUACCCGUCCAUCCACCUAUCAAUGUCUCUACACCUAUAGGUCCAAGUAAAAAUGUACCUGUCUGUCUUGCCUACCUGUCUAUCUGUCUAACAACACUUAUCUUGCUGAGCCCGCAGGAUUCUGUCUAUACGAUUGUCUGUCUGUCUACUUACCUGUCUUCUGUGGGUCUGCUAAUACAUGAGCCCACACAACACUUUGCACCUAUCUACCUUUCUAUCCACCUGUCCAUACCUGUGUGUCCCUGUCAGCCUGUACACACACCUGUAUGUCUAUGUGUCUGCUUACCUAUCUGUCUACAUGUUAAACAAACACUUGUUUUAACACUGUAUAAAGUAAGUUAAGAUAAAAUAGACGACAAGCCAAGUCACAGAAAGUCAGGACAGCAGGCAGACCAAUUUAGUAGCAGGACUCUUCUACUACAGAGCCAUGCUGUUGUAAUCCCUGCAAAAUGUAGUUUGUCAUUGUCUUGCUGAAAUAUGAAGGUCUUUCCUGAAAAAGUCAUUGGAUGGCAGCAGAUGUUGCCCCUAAACCUGUUUAUAUAGUUCGACAUUAAAGGAGCCUACAUAGAUAUGUAAGCUACCAGUGAUAUGGACACUUCUGAUCCCCAUACCAUCAGGGGUGCUGACUUUAAACUGGGAGCUGAUAAUAAGUUGAGUGGCCCCUCCACCCCACUCCCCAGAACAGUGGAUGUCCCUGAUUUGCAAAAAGAGUGUUAAUUUUUUUUUUUUUUUCUGUCAGACCACAGGAAAGUUUUUUACUUUCCCUCAGUCUGUCUUCAAUAGGCUUAGGUUCAGAUUGUCUCUGGUGUUUCUAGAUCAUGUUUUGGAAGUGAUUUUGAGUCCAUGCAGUGACUUCCACUACAGAGUCCUGUCUGGGCCUGAAGAUCAGGACCAUCCAAUCUUGGUUUUGGUCCUUGUCCCUUUUGUACAGAGAUUUCACCAGAUUCUCUAAAUCUUUUAAUGAUAUUAUGUUCUGUAGAUGAUGAAAUCCAUUAUUUAUUUAUUUACAUUUUACACUCAGGAACUUUAUUCUGAAAUUGUUGAACUAUUAGCUCACACAGUCUCUCACAGAGUGGUGAACCUCUUCCGAUCUUUUCUUUGAAGAGACUCAGCCUCCCUGAAUGUUAUUUUAUCCCUAGUUAUGUAACUAACUUGUUGGAAAUUAACCUCCUUAGUUCGGAGAUGUUCUUCCAGCAGUUUUUUCAGCAUUACACAACUUCUUACCUGUUUGGUUGUUCCUGUAACAACUAUAAAAAAAAACUGUCAUUGGCAUUUAGUUUAAAAUGAACAAAUAAUUGUACAUAAAAACAUUUGUUAGUCUCAACAUGUUGUCUUUGUAGCAUUCUUAUUUCAGUGUAGGCUUUAGAUGUUUUGCAAACCAUGAAGUUCUGUUUUAGUAUGUCAUACACCAGUCUGCAUAGCUGUCUCUUCUUUACCUGUUUGUACUCCUACCUAUUUUUCUAGCUGUUAGUUGAUCUGUCUGCAUGUUAAAGUUAGUAUUUGGCUGAGAUAGUCUCAGAGGGCUCAGUGACAGUUGUCUGAACCACCGUCUGGUGGUGAAAAUGACCUCUUUGCAGAUUAAAAGAGGUGAAUCAAAACAUAUAUAAAUAAAAUUUAUGAUUAAAAAGAAGGUAAAGAUGCAAGUGAACCGUCCUCCUCAAAUCUGUCUGAAUCUAUUUGAAACUUCACCUUAAUGGCUUGAUUAAUAUUGAGCUGAUCGAUUAGUUAAUUCACUGCUGAUAGUUAACUGCAGUCUGUUCUCGAAUCAGAUUACGGUAACAGCUGAGGAUCUAUAAAUAAAGACAGCUCUGGGAUCAGUUGUCACGCUCUAAAUCUUCCCUCUGAAACACAGAUCUGAGGUCAGUUUUCAGAAACCUGAACCUGAAGCAGGAACAGAUUGUGUGUUUUAAUGACUGUUCUCUGUUCAGGUUCCUGCUGGUGUUCUCCUGCCUGGUUCUGUCCGUGUUCUCCACCAUCAAAGAGUAUGAGAAGAGCUCGGAGGACGCUCUCUACAUCCUGGUAAAAACACAAAAUAUUCAUCUGCAAAUCAGAACACGGUCUACAAAAUAAAACUGUGCUCUGAGUUUAUGAAGUUUUAGACUUUAAAACUCAUACUUUAUAUCAUUACAGGGUGAACUUCUCACCAAGAAAUAAAUCACAGAACAGCUCAAAUAAAACCAGUUGAGCAUCAAUGAAGUGGCAGCAGGGGACAAUACAAAAGAGUAUCAGAGCCAGAGAUGGAAAAUAAAAUCAGAGGAAGGAAGUUUUUCUCAUUAUGCACUUCAGGAAAAAAGGGAAGGAUUAAAGACAAAGCUUAAAUGUGAAUAAUACAGUGGACAUAAAAACAAAGCUUUGUACAUAACAAGGAAAUAUCGAGGAAUAUAAAGUCUAAAUAUUCAAAAUAAAACCAGGGUAAAAUUUAGGAAUGAAGUCAAAAUGUUGAGAAUGAAGUCAAUACAAUUUUGUGAGUAAGAUGAACAUACUGAGGUUGAAUUGGCAGCAUCAUGAAUCAAGUAGAAAUACAAUUCUGAGUGGGAAGGUGAGAUUUUAACUAAAAAGUUCAAAUAUAACUUUGGCAGUUUUAGUCAAAAUGUAGAAAAUAAGUUGAAAAACAAUUCUAGAAAAAAAGAAGAUGAACUGAGAAUGAAGUCUAGAUACUGUGAAUACAAUACUUAUACUCAUACAAUGGGACUUUUCAUAUUAAGUUGGAGUCAAAUUUUGAGAACUUAGUCAACAGUUGUGAAUUGGUGAUGUUGCACCAAUGUUUCUAGCAAACAGUUGUUGUCCUGCUCUUAUCAGUUCACUGCUCAGUUUACUUGUGAAUAAAAUGCCAAUAAAAGAUCAAACGGAGGGUUUGGAUGUAGUGAUGCAACAUGGCAUCUGUCCAUCCCUGCCGUCUGCCAUCAACAUGGUUUAUAAAAUUUAAACUAGCACAAGAUGCUAUACAGACCAUUCACAAACUGGUUAAACAUUAGCUCAUUAGCUUUGGUCUUUGUGGUAUUAUUUUCCAUUGAACAAGCAGCUUUAAAAAUGUUUUCUUAUUUUGAUUUUCGACUUUUCUCUCCACACGUCAACUUAACCCUCAAAUUUUGACUUUAUUCUUGAAGUGCAUCAUGUUUACUAGUUUUUAUCCAUGACCCCAACACUCUUCCAGAGGAACUGAACUGGACAUGGCAGCUUAGGUAAAAAAUGUAAACAAGUGUGUAAAACUGCAACAUAAAAAGAACAAAAAAAUAUGACAAUAUCAAAUGCACAGGUAAAACCAAAGAUACUUUGUACAUAGUACACUACAAAAUAGUUCUUCAGAAUGAUUGCUCACAGCAGACUGCAGUGAAAUAUUCCAGCAGUGUUUGUAUUGUUUGCCUUUCUUUUAGUGCAGCUGCAGAGACCUCUCUUUGAAAUGUGUAGCUAUCUGUCGACUCAUGUUUGAACAGCAAAAACAUGUUCCUCGGAGGAGAUGCUGAGUCAGCUCAAUCAAUAGUCCUUAUUGAUUUUACGUCGCUCCGCCUGCUCACCGGACAAACAGAGCAGACAAGGACAUCUCCAUUGAGAAAAACUGAAACCUGCUUAUGUUUACUCACAUCUCCAUCUGCUAAGAAUCAGAGUUACUCUGAGAUGUGAAAAUACCUCAGACUUGAGCGGAAAGGGAGCAUUAUUAGUGUUUUCACACAAACACAAAAGAAUAACCUUUAUUUACCCCUUUUGAUUUUACUAAUCAGACCUCCUUUGGAUUAAUCAAACUAAUCAAACCUACUAAAAUUAAACUAUCAGAAGAAGAAGGAGAAGAACUUUAUUGAUCCCCAAAGGGAAACAAAGGUGUGUUAUUUAACUUUACUGCCAGACUUUUUUGCUAAUCACCCCAGCUGUGUGAAAUACUUGAUUCUUGAUUCUGAUUGGUCAAAACAUAAACCUCUUUACGUUCUUGUUGUGUAACACGUGCAACAUAAAUACAAGCAGGUCACACACAUCUCUCAAAUCAAUCCUUAGAAAGUAGUUCCAGUGCAUUAUUCCUCUGCUUGUGCAGGGCAAUACGUGUUAGCAUCUGGUAGCACCACAGGUAAACACUAAGGUAGGUCAUUACAUUGGUAACUGUUUAUAUGCUAUCCAAUUAAACUCAUGAUUUAAAGAACUGGAAAAAUUGUUGUUGAACUCUUGCACACUGUCUGUCACAGAUACAUCAAUUGUUGAUCUUAGACAAAGUGUACAAAGCUGAAACAAACCUCUUUCUGUCUGUGAGAAUCUUAACUGUUAUUGUAAUGCAAGGUUUUAAAGACAUUUGUAAGAUAAUACUAAGAUGAAAUGACACUAUUGAUCUCCUGAGGGGAAGUUUGGUUUGUAAGGGAGGGAUAAUGGUGAGUAAAUAGGCAUUUAUGUGAAUUAUAAUCCUCACAUGGUGAGCAGAACCCUGACCAACUACUCAGAGAUGCUUUCAGCAGCAAUGCACAGAUUGCAGGACAGGAUGUUGCUCUACUUUUUCUACUUAUCAUAGAUGAUUGGAAUCCAGUAGCUCUUCAGGCCACUCUCACAUCUUUGUUUUUAAGUGUUAUUAUUUCCCCAAAUCUUAUGACCAGGCUGAGACUUACACUAAUGUUUGUACCACAGUGUCAACAGGCAGAGAUAAAAUUGUUUGUACUGACUGAUCUGUUAUGAUGUGUGUGAUCAUGUUGUUUCUGGCAUUACGUUUGCUGCUGAGCUUUAAUCACCACUGUUAUGGAAUUUUAACCAAUCAGAGCCAAGUAUUUAACACAGGUGAUAAUAACACUGAUCAGGUAACACAACAGUAAAUGGUUAGUUAAGAAAAGUUUAUACAAUGUUUUGUAAAAUUCUGCAAAUAAAGCAUCAGAUUUGCUUUGUUUGUGGCCUGAGCAUAGUUCAGAUCUGGCUCUUGAUGCUGACCUGCAGAGAAUGUAAUGCUGUCCCUGAGUAAUUAUUGAUAAUAUUGUGAAUAAAUAAACACUGUGAUCUCUAACCUGCCUGUAAGCUUCAGCUCUGAUGAUUCAGAGGCAGCUUGAAGUGCUAAGAUGUUCAGUCACCUUGUUUUCCAGUUAUCAUUGAUCUGUUGUGAUAUUUAUCAAUCACUUUAUUGCUAUUGGCAAAGGUUCACAGUAAAUUAGGCAAUAUUUUGUGAUCCAAAGUGAAGCAGCUGUAAAAUCUCCUUAAAAUUCAGGGGCAUGUAAUGUCAUUUUACUUCAGAAUAAUACACUUUAAUUUCUAUCUAUUCAUUUUUGCCUAAAUUUAUACUUACACAAAUUUGUAGGUCAGAGAAAUGUUAUGCUAAAACCAUAUGAUUGCAAAGUUAUAUGAAUUAAGUGAGAAACUAAUCAGCAGACUUUCAGGUAAAUUAUACAUUAUAGUUUUAUUUGAAUAGUGUUGUUGUUUUUGUGUAACAGGAAGUGGUGACCAUUGUGGUGUUUGGGGUGGAGUACAUGGUGAGGAUCUGGGCUGCAGGAUGUUGUUGUCGGUACAGAGGAUGGAGAGGACGACUCAAGUUUGCCAGGAAACCUUUCUGUGUCAUCGGUGAGUCUGAUGAAUUUAAAACACGGCAGGAUCUUUGACCUCUGACUCUGACCUGACUACCUCUUACCUGUCUGUGUCUCUGACCUGUCCAUCAAUCUGACCUGCAUCUCUCUCUCUCUGCAGACAUCAUGGUAUUGAUAGCGUCCAUCUCAGUGUUGGCUGCAGGGACUCAGGGGAACGUCUUUGCCACCUCAGCCAUCAGGUCACUUCGAUUCCUUCAGAUCCUGAGGAUGAUCCGAAUGGACCGUCGAGGGGGCACCUGGAAACUGCUGGGAUCAGUUGUCUACGCCCACAGCAAGGUAACUUAUGAAAUCCAUGUCCGACUGUCUGAUUUAAAUGAUUGUUUGACACAGUCAUUGUCUGGACUCAAAAAAGUGCAGGUUUGAGGUGCUCUUUGGUCAUAGUGAACAAGAAUCUUGCUGGUGUAUCACUCUCUGAUGGAGGCUUGACUGUUGAAACACGUAAAAAUUUAAGAAAACUAUGCUACGAGAUAAACAUCGGUUUAAAAGUGAGAGUGCCUUGGAAUUUUGCGGUUUUUCUUCUGUUAAUGCUGAUGAGAUGUUGGUUAAAAUGCAACCUCAGAAUCCAUUAGCUAUCCACAGAUGACGAUAUUUGUCUUGAGGACAUCGGUUGGCUUGUCAUUAGUUCUGGAGUAAUGAGUUGUUGAUGAUAAACAACUUCAAGCAAAGACUAACUUUUUGAGCUGAAUUGCUUACAGAUUAUUUAGCAAGUUGAGAAGUGACCAUGUGAAAAGGUCUAAGUAAACCAAAUUCAAGGUAAAUACUGACAUGUGAUUUGAGAGUUCACCAGGAAGCCUUCAUUCUGGUGUGAGGUUUUGGAGGUAUUGAAAAGACAGUUUGAUGCCAUCCUACUCUCUUUGGUGACAGGAUAGACCAGGGGUCGGCAACCUUAAACACUCAAAGAGCCACUUGGACCAGUUUCCCACAGAAAAGAAAACACAGGGAGCCACAAAACCUCUUUGACAUCUAAAAUGAAGAUAACAUUGCAUAUAUCUUUUUUUUUUAACCUUUAUACAAAGUAUAUAAAAAACUGUAGCGAGUUGCAUUUAUGAAAUAAAUGAACUAUUUCGGCGAGUGUCUGUCUUCUGUAGUUAAACCGCAAGAUAUCAAAAUCUACCCGGAUACAGCAAUGCUGCUUUUUGAUUGGCUGUUCAGUAGAUAUACUUUAUUUGAUUGGCUUCUGCGUGGCACACAGCUUCUGAACUCUCAGAGGAACUCAGUUAAUUUCCCCCUGUUCCAUAGUUGAAGAAGUGCAACUUGGUGGACAUCACCGUGUUCAUUUAAAUGCGUGAGAAAUACAAUGUGUGGUAUGUGAGCGUGUGAACGAGUGGGAAUGCGUGUGUCAUACGCUGAAUGCGUGAGACUUGAGAGCCCUGUGCUCACGCAUCAUCGAUGUACUCCCGAGCCAUGCAAAACGGUCUUGGCAAAUGUUGCACUGAACGCCUUCCUUUUCAGUCUUGGUGAAGUUUUCCCACACCACUGAUGUUUUAGGUCGGGAUUUCGGUUGGGUUGUGUCCAUGUUUUCUCCGCUGCUGCCUCGGCCAUGGCUGUUUCUUUUCUGUGCGUCCUGCUGAUGUUUACACGCCGGUGUCCAUGGACAUAUAUAAAGACCCGACGAAUCGAUUACAGAAUUUAUUGGCAACGGAUUUUUUCGUCACGACGAAUCUACUUAAUCGAUUCGUUGUUGCAGCCUUAAUAGUUUAUUUAAUGUUACAAUAGCAUUAUUAUCUUUGAAUUUAGAAUUACCACAAUAGAAAAAUAAUAAUAAAAUAAAAUAAAAUGCAAUUAAGUAUUUAUUAUUUAUUUUCCAAAUCCAUUGGGAGCCGCAGCCUAGGGAAGAAAGAGCCGCAUGCGGCUCCAGAGCCGCGGGUUGCCGACCCCUGGGAUAGACGUACUGAAUUAAAUCAGUAGUCUCCUAAAGGUUGGUCUUUAUACCGCUGCAAGAUUGUACUGCAAAAUUGGAAGAACCCUAGAGUCCCACUGCGAAACAGUAGUUGAUUUCAUUGUACAAACAUGUAUUAGGAAGAAUGAAUGCAGAUGGUAGAAGGGUGUAGAUAUGAGUGUAAUUCUGGAUACAUGUCCAAUUAAGGGUACAAUAGUAUGAUAAUGCUAACACCUGUAUAAUUUUCAUGUCCACAUUGGUUUUUGAUGUUAGGGGAUGGCUAAAGAACUGAUAUUUUGAUGCCCUGUAUUUGCACCCAGAGAUGCUGCACUGCUUGAAAUUGUUUAAAAUUGAAUAAAAACUGAAUUGAAAAAAGGAAAACAAAUGUACCCCUUCAGAUAUGUCUGCAAAGUGAUUUUCUUCAGUGACUUCAGUUACAUGCAGAUAUCCGCUUAUAGAAAGAAAUCCUCUUCAAAUUACUGCUCAUGGAAGCUGGGAGGUCAUUUUGGUUGACUGUGUUCUGCCUGCUUUUGCUCUCCAUAUGGCACAGAAGAAAAGAAGAGAAGAGCCUCAAUACAGUAGUUGAACUUUCAAACCGUGUCCUUCUGAAAUAUACUGUUGUUUCAAGCUUCCAUAUAAUCUUUGUUUUAUUAAACAGCUGUGUGUUCGUGAAAAACAGCCUCAGAGCUGAGAGAUGAAUCGAAAGUCAAAUAGUCAAAGCUUAAUUGAGAUUCUGGGCAAGGCAGAGUCUCUCAAUAGAUGGGAACACAAGGUUUUAUAGAGGGCAGUACACUGACCCCUAAAAGCUUUUACAGAAACUGGAUCUGAAGCUUGUUCAAGUUGACCCAAAACGACCAUGUCAUCACAAGAUCAAUACAUUACACUUUGUUCCCUGUGAGAUAGAAAGGCAACAACAUCAGAAAAGCAGAGUUUGUGGAAUAAAGACCACAAGACUCCAUACAGCAAAGGCACUGCAAGAAGAGGGCGUGUGGUGAUCUCAGAGGACAGAGAACAGUUUCUAAACUACAGCUCAGGAGAGGUAUCCAGGUCAAACUAUCAGGCUGAGAAAGAGAAAAGUACGUGUAAGGAGGCAAACAGGAGGGAGGAUAAUAGUUCAUUGAAUAAAACUGAGGACCUAGUGUCUGCUAAACCUGCAAAUGAGACACAAAGAUACUUGUUCUCAGAGCACACACAAGGGGAAAUACACCUCAGACUGUGCAGAAUAAACAGUUUCUCUGCACACCAGGUCUGAUUGUAUGUUUUUAAAUGAGCCAUUAGGAUUUAAAUCAGCCUCUUUCUAUGGAAAUGAACUGACUCAAAGAAAGUGCCUAGUUCACAAAACAUCUGCACUAAAGGCCACACACAAACACAAAGUAUUACCAUAUGGGAAAGUAGGUGGUUGCUCCAAUUCUGUACUUAUAAACGAUGCCAAGCCCAAACUUUGCAGUGAUUAUGGCAAUAACUACACCUUUGGGUGACACAAAAGUAACCCAUCUAUUCAUAAAUUUGGUUGAAAGUACUUUGAUUGUUUAGACGAAACUCCAUCACAAACAAGCAUGCUUCGCAAAACGUGUAAUGAAGGUCUUUAUCAAAAGGUGUUUUAAAGACUUUUUCAAUUUCGAGAUUUUUAUUACAUCUGUCAUGUAUCAUGUUCACAACAAGCUGAUAAAAAGUGUCCCCUUUCAUCCAGUCAAUCACCUGUAAGGAUGGGUGUAAAGCUCAGUGCAGCAGGAUGUGGAGAUGCUGACAGCUUAACUUCUACCGUUAAACACAGCACAAGAGCAAACUGUACUGAGCUGCCAAGCUUUGUUGGCAUGUUUGUGCUUGUACAUCUUUAAAGCAGUGUGCUUUGUGAUGUGUACUUUGUAACAGAGGCAAAAAAUAAAUAAUUCUUAGUGCUAAUAGUGGCUGCAAUCCAACCUUAACAGCCUCUCCCAACAGACUGUAAAAUGAGCCACUGGCAGUCCAUAACUCUGUGAGUGUUUGACGUUAUCUUGAAGUGGAUGUUUGUACUGAACUGACCUCACCCUGGUAAAGAGGCAGCACUGCUUCAUCCCUCAAGGUGAAUUGCUGCCAGUUAUUGAUUAAUUGUUGCUCUUUUCUGCAUUUUGUGAGGAAGGAGUCACACUGUGGGGGGGGGGGAGUCGAUCUUAAACACACCUGAGAAACAUACAAGAUUACAGAAGCUCAAGUCAUCUUGAUUAUCCCUGACUUCUCUCCACAAUCACCUGACCUAUUCCCUGAUAGAAUAAUGAAAGAAAAGGCAUAGAUGGAAAUCACUGGAAGCUCUGUAAGGCUGUGUUGUAUCUUGCUGCAGUAAUUACAUAUAGCAGGACCGGCAGAGUCCUGAGUAAGGGAUAAUUUAUCUUUUGACCUUUCUCACUGUCUCUGCUCUGUUGCCCUCUUCUUUCUUUCUUUAUUCUUGUGGCGAGUCAGCUGUUAACCACUUAUCUAAAAAUUUGUGGUCUUAGUGGAAAAAAAUCUACUACUUUACUUGCAGUCAAAAGAAAACAUAAACGAGCCCACUCAACAUUAACCACAACCAAGCAGCAACCUCUAAUCCUGAAGAAAUGAAGUCAAUGUGGAAGUGCUUAAACAUGCAGUUCCUCAUGUGCCCACUAGAGGCUGGAAGCAAAAGCACCAUGAAGCCACACACACAGCCUGGCUGAAAAGAUGGCUUUGGUAGCUCGGAGCUCCCACAGCACCCACUGUGCGGGGACUGAAUUUUUGUGACACAUUUGUUUCGAGGUUAUUAAGGUUACCAGACUGGUGAAUUGGAGGCACAGCUGACUUGACUGACAGAUGGGCACUCUAAAGCUGUUUGUGAGGAGGCUUAAGGUCUGCCUCUGGUAGGUCGACUAAUAGUUCGAUUGAGUCAGUAUUUCCGAUACUGCAUUGCUAUCAUAGCCCCACUUCACUCAGACUGUAUCCAGUUGUUAUACAGUCUAUGACCUCAACAUCAAACACUGCCACCUUGUGGUCAGUAUAAGUAGUGGUUCAAAUUAUUCAGCAUACAGUAACUGUCGCGAGUUUUCUAUGAUAAACCAUUUUUAUCAUCAUUAUUGAAUGUAAAAAAUAUGAACUAUGGAAUCAGUGUAGUAGAGGUAGAAAACCCUCCAUCUUGUUUGCUUCAGAAUGCUGACAUGAACAAACAGUUAUGCCUCAGUGUCAAUAGUCAGAGUUGAAACGUGCUGAACUCUUGUUCAUAAGUUCAUUCGAUUUGAUGUAAAUCACGUCCCUGACUAGUGCUGGGCGAUAUGGAAAAAAAUGUAUAUCACGAUAUGGGUCAUUUUAUAUCACGAUAACGAUAUAUAUCACGAUAUAGCUAUGGUAUGCUUUCAGUUCUAUGAAAAAUUUAAGUGUAUACAGCUGCACUAGUACAGUACCAGUACAAGACCAGCACUUAAAACUAGAAAAAUGAAUAAAUAAAUAUGUGGCCGAAGUGCGUUCAUGUCUGUGCUCACCCAAAGUUAUGCAACACUCACAGAAAACGCAGAUAGUGUGAGCCAAAGCACUCCAUAAUAAUAAUAAUAAUAAUAAUAAUAAUCAUAAUAAUAAUAAAUUUAAUUUGUAAUGCACUUUACAUUUACAAAAAAUCUAAAAGUGCUACAGUACACAGUAAAAAAAGAGCAGCAACAAUAAAAAAGCAAUAGAAUGACAGUCACAGAUUGGCAUAAAAAAAGAAUUAAAAAAAAUAAAAAAUAUAGAGUUGCAAUGUAAGAGGCAAGGUAGUAAAAGCAUAGAGGAAAGUUAACCAAAGGCUUUAUUAAAAAGGUAGGUCUUUAGGGCUCUUUUGAAGAGGUUGUUCACACUGCUAGAUGUUUCUCCUCCAAAGCUGCUCUCUGCCUCCAUCAUUGUUUACUUUACUCUUGAAGCACGUAGGAAGACCCGAGCAUGAAUCCGAGCGCUUUAUUCGCCUAUCAGGGGCAGACAGGUAAGGUGAUUUGAUUCGCCACGACUCCAGAAAUGAUUGAAAAACUACAGAAUGUCACAAAAUUACGUUUCCUCGCUGCUGGCUUGAAGGGUAGAAAUGCGCAGCCGCGCUCCCAGCUGACAGGAAGUCAAACCACUGUUGUAGUUCUUUUGUGUUGCUAGCGCGGUCAAGAGUGUUGGCUCUCACUGAGAGAUGACUACAAAAAUGGACGCACCUGUUCAGCUGGUUGUUAAACACGGCUGAAAAUGAUCAUCUUUUAAUGUUGUUCCCGCUCCUGCCCACUCCCGUUGCCUUUUCCCCCGUCCCGUCCCGAUCAAGGGAUUAAUUAAAAAUGACUCCCAUCCCGUGGGAUUCCCGCGGGAAUCACGUGACCCACGGGAAUUCCCGAAAAAUGUCAUCCUCUACAGGGAAGGUCCCGGAGCAGAUGAAACAGGUGCCGGAGCGGCUGAAAUAGGUCCCGGAUCCGAUCAAAAGAGGUCCCGGAUCGCGCUCCGACUUGCUCCGGCACAAAUUAAGCACUGCUUACAAUGAUCCCCUCACGUGUGUAACCCAGGUAACCCGCAACGGCGGGAGACGCUGGACACGAAGAGGGCACGUAAAGCGGCGUCAUGUCGCAAAAUCGAAAGAGAAAUGCCAGCCUACAUGUCAACGCAUCCUUUACUUUGUAAGAAAAUAUUGUUUUCUUUCCCGUUCGACACCAAAUACACUUACUGAAUGUGCAAUUAUUGUUGUUGUUACUAUGAAUCAUCUGAUGGCACAAGCCCUAUGGAUAAAAUACAGCCUAUCGCCCGAAACGAUAAAAAUAAAAAUGGCACGAUAGACAUUUUCUAUCGUGCCCACGAUAUGUAUCGUCCUAUCGCCCAGCACUAUCCCUGACAACAUUUUGCUGUUGAGAAGUAAAUUCUUGUUAUGGGUUUUGACCAGUCAGAAUGAAGUAUACAAUGUAUUACAUUCCUACAGAGCAUUCAUUUGACAGGAUAAGGUAGCUAUGGUCACAUUUUAAUCAAACACAUUAGCGUUCAGUUUAAAAUUAAUACAAAAAGCAAACUCUUGAGUGCUGGUGUCAGACUGUUGGAGCAGAUACAUUUGCACUAAAGCUCUGUGGUAGAUACCUUUCUGCUCUUCAAAGUGCCCCAUAAACGAUAUAUAAAUUAAAUCAGGUGUAAUAUUUGAAGGAAGGCGAGUGCUGUAUGAAUGAUUUACAGCGUUGAACAUAAAUCUAAUGAAGCUGAAACUCAAUCUAACAGGGCCAUGAGCAGACGUUAGAAACAGAGGCAGGAUGAAACAGUAAUCAAUAUCUGUGAUCGAUCAGGGUUCAAAUGUUGAGCUUUCUGCAGGGAAGAUGAUACCAAUAAACCAAUACUGCUGACGCACUGAAACACAGUCAGCCACACUCACACACGUGGAGACCGGCUGUCUGAUGUAAAAGGAAAGUCAAAACCUCGAAAGAAGAAGAGAUAAAAACUUUGUGUGUAAUAUUCCUGAUGAUCCGAAAGUGUCUGAAGACUUCUGCCUCAACUCCUGUGUCAGAUAGUUUGUUUAGUCUGGAGUAGGUAUUUUCAAGAACUUAAGUCGAGGUGGAUUUCAUUGAAAACUUUUAGUCUUAAAAAAUAUAAAGACGUCAGUGUAAAGAAAUCUACAUAAGAAGAUAAGGUGAUACAAGCAUCCAAGUGUUAUCUGCUUCGAUGGAAAUAUAGAGCCCAAAAGAUUCUAACAAUUACACAAAAGAGCUCCUUCAGUCUGAUCAAUAAAAUACCUUUAGUUUGAAGCAGCACUAGAAGUAUUAUGAUCAUCAUCUUUUGUAUUUGGAUGCUUUUGGAUCAUUUAUCCUCACUGUAUUCUCAUUGUUUUCAGAUCCAUGUGAAAAUAUCAUAGAUUUGGCUUUGUUUUCAGAAUUUUGUACUCCACUGUAGUAAAAGAAAACACUGUGCAUGCAUCACACAUUUUAAAAUCUUUCACUCUGGUGCUGUAUUUUCUCUCUCUCUCUCUCUGCAGGAGCUGAUCACUGCUUGGUACAUUGGCUUCCUAUGUCUCAUUCUUGCCAGUUUCCUGGUUUAUUUGGCAGAGAAAGAAGACAAUGAACAAUUUGAGACUUACGCAGACGCCCUCUGGUGGGGACUGGUGAGACAUUUUACACAAAGACUCAGAUUUGUCCAUCAAGUUUGGCGUGAACUUUUCAAACUGUAACCUCAUUUAGUCUGAUGGCAAAGAGAAGCCGAAGCUAAAGUAAUGACUGCUCUGUGUCUGUUCUAGUUUGUCUGGCUGCCAUUUCCUUAUUUACAGAACUAUCUGAUUGGUUAUUGAUCUUCUCUGCCAGAUCACCUUGACAACCAUUGGAUAUGGGGACAAGUUCCCCAUCACCUGGAACGGGCGUCUGCUGGCUGCCACUUUCACGCUGAUUGGAGUGUCAUUUUUUGCUCUGCCUGCUGUGAGUCACUCCGAUGUUUCCACAGGUUUACCUGAGUCGGGAGGUUAACCCUCACCUGGUUCAUCCUGCUCACCUGUUUGUCUGUCCGUCUGUCUGUCUGUCUCUCAGGGGAUCCUGGGUUCUGGCUUUGCCCUGAAGGUUCAGGAGCAGCACAGACAGAAACACUUUGAGAAAAGACGAAACCCAGCAGCUGGACUCAUACAGGUAAACCAACACUGUUUCCCAGAGCCCUAAUCAAAUCAGGUGAAAACAUACAGACAUGAAACACAUUAAAAAAAAUUCAGAGCAGCUUUUUCUUCUUGAGGCGAUCAAUAUCUAAGAAGUGUAUCCAGUAUUAAAGUAAAUAAAUUCACUCAGAAGUUCAAGAAAGAUGAUGCUACCUAACUGAUAAUUUACCCAUUGGCCUCCUGCCGACAGAAACUGCUAAUGGAUCCAUUUCAAAAUGAAUCUGUAGCACAUAUUUAGUUUAGUUAUCUAUACAAACUUCUGUUAUAUUUUAACGUGACCAUCUAUCAAACCUGUGUGUUUAUGUACAAAUAUGUAAACUUAAUAAAGACCCGCCUAGCAAAGAACUUCUUCAAAUCUUCUCCUGACAUUCAUCCAUUUAAGAAACAACACUUUUUUACCUGUUUUAUGGGUAAAAGACAUUUGUGUUUGGUAGAUUACUGUUUAGUUGUAACAAUGCUACAGUUGGAAAGCCUGUCUAUUUCCCUUUUGAAUGGUGCCAUGUUUGUAAGGAACAUUCAUUUGUUGGAUGAGCAGCAGAGCUCAGUAUGUGGGUUGUGCUGAAAAAUUAUCCAAAUCUUCUCUACCAGUGCCAAACAGCUUCUGCCAUUGACUCUUGUGGUGUUGUUUGGUAGAUUGGAGGUUUGAAGUCUGAAGAAGCAAGUAUCAGUCAGAGGAAAGAAACCCUUAUGAUGUUUAGUCGUCUAAACUGGAAUUACAUCACUCACUUCUACUUCUAAAAAAGUUAAUGCCCCAAAAUUGUAAAUUAAACUAUUAAACUAUAAAUCUUAUUUCAACAACACAAAUUUCAAAUUUCUACAUUUAAUUGAACUCUGUUAAUGUCUGCUGAAAGACUCCGGGUUGGGGCGGCACAGUGGUGUAGUGGUUGGCACUGUCACCUCACAGCAAGAAGGUCCUGGGUUUGAAUCUGGGUCAGGGUGUUUUUUUUUUGUGUAGUUUGCAUGUUCUCCCUGUAUCUGGGUUUACACUGGUUUACUCCUGUUUCCUCCCACAUCCCAAAAACAUGUAAAAUUGGGGUUAGAUUAAUUGGUCACUUUUAAAUUGCCUGUUGGUGUGAAUGUAAGUGUGGAUGGUUGUUCUUCUAUGACUUGUCCAGCGUGUCCCCUGCCUUUGCCCCAAGAUGCUGAGAUAGGCUCCAGCGCCCCUGCGACCCCCCAAGGGGAUAAGCGGUAGAAAAUGGAUGGAUGGAUGGAUGGACUCGGGGUCUAAACAUGAGUCUAUUAAUGGUUGCCUUUAUAUUUCAGGAGAAGUUGACGUGUAUUGUGCAAUAGCUCUACUUUAUUAAACUUAACAGUUGGUUUAUGUAACAUGGUACAAUAACUGCUAACAGGGGUUUUGUGGAGUUUUGCUACCUUGUCAAAGAUGCAUCUACAGCACAAAUCAAUAGAGGGCUAAUUACACAAAGAGCUUUGAGUUUUAUGAACAUUAAUUAUGUAUGAUAAUAAAAUGACGUGAAUGUAUAUGUUAACUGUGUAUUUACCUAAGCACACGUUGUAGGGUGCUUUGUUUUCAGGUGUCCUUUAAAAUCUGUACGAUUUUUUGUCCCAUCUGAAAUCCACCCCACUCUGUUCUAAUCAGAAAUGAUUCACUCAGUCUUGUAUUUUCAAAAUGUGUCUACAGGUCAUCUUAUGUCUUCAGGACCCAGGUCAUAAUGAGGCCCUUAUACUUGUGAUGCCUGCUGUCAGCAGAGCCGCCUUUUUUGUCUGAUUGUUAUUGUCAGUAAUUAUGAACAUAGAUUUAGCCAACAUUUAUAUUGUUUAUUUGCCUACCAGAAGAACUAGAGGAUCAAUAAAUCAUAAUAGAAGGAAUAUCUACACUAAUAAUUAGAUUUAAUGAGAACUCUGUCUUUCCUUUGACAAUACUGUGGAAUAUCUGAAGUUAUCCAACAGUCCAGAGCUCAGUUCUCCAUUUCAAUCAACUUCGUAAUUGUUAUAUGAAUGACAUUUUUCCCUCUGUCUCCUCAGGCUGCAUGGAGAGUUUACGCCACCAAUCUGGCCCGAACUGAUCUGAACUCAACAUGGGAUUAUUAUGAGAGAACUGUCUCUGUCCCCAUGUACAGGUGAGAGUCUGUUUGUCCAAUUAUAGACUUUUAAACUUCUUAUCAUCAGGAGUUUUAUAAUAGUGCAACUCAUAUCGAAUAAAUCUGUCACUAUGUGUCUCCAGGUUGAUCCCGCCUCUCAAUCAACUGGAUUUGUUGAGGAACCUCAAGAACAAAUCAGGACUGUCAUUCAGGUCUGAGAAGUUUUAUAAAAUUUUAAUACAAUUUUAUAAUGUAAUAUUUAAAAAAUCGACUGCAAUGCAACAGUGUCUCAUAUUUCUAUAGUGUUUGAACUUGAAUAAGGACCGAAUCCUUCUUCUGUCUUUUCAUUUGUCUGCAGGAAGGACGCCCAGCCUGAACCAUCUCCCAGGUCAGAGUCCAGAAUUUGAUCUUAUAAUCAAGUCCCCACUUGCAGUAACUGACUUAUCUCUGCAGAGUCUGUGUGGUAGUUGUCUAGUUUAAUCCCUGAGUCAGUUUAUUUCAGAAUGAUGCUUAUCCUCAGUUUGUGUUCAGUUUCCCUGUAGGCUUCUGUAACGGUACCCUAACUGAGCAGACUGACUCCAUUUGGAUCCAUCAUUUUGCCUUUGUCAGAUGUCUAAACCAAAUGCCCAUAUCAAGUGCAACUAGAUUCCACCUGGAUUAUCACAUGGACCAAAUCAUCAGUCAUUGAAUGAAUUCUCUGAACACACCCCUUCCUAAAGAUUACUGGCUUAUGUUACAGUGAAUGCAUUAACAUACAGGGCUCUAUUUUCGUGUACGCCGGUGAGGUGGCGGAGGGUGGCGGACCCCGCGCAGUUGUAUUUUCAUCUGGCGGAGCCCGGCGUACAGCCAGUUUGGUAUUUUCGUGGACUGAGGCGCAUGGUGGUGAGUUGUGAUCCGCUAAGCCGGGCGUGGUGGCGUGGCAGGGGGAGGUGUCAACAGAAUCAGCAGGCGCAGUGACAUAUUCGUGCUCGCCGGUGGCAUGUAAAGUGCGCUGAAAGCUCGCCGAUUCAAACCUAGCUUUCAGCGCAUGUGGAGCGCAAGUGGUCUAGAGGUAUUUUGGUAGACCGGCGGCGUAUCGGCAUACGUUACCGAUGCCUCACCGGCAGGUUUCCACAGUGUCAGGCACAUUUCAGUGCAAUAAAUAAUCAUCAACAACUAAUAAUCUGAGUGAGCACAUACGUUUAGAUCUACAUAAAUAUAUUCUGAUCUAUAUCUGAUCUGAUGAGCACGUCUGGCACGCGUUUGGACACACAAUCUGACCGAAUCAACACAGCUGAAACCGCAUUAAAUUAAAUUAAAUAUCUAGUAAAUAAACACACAUGAUGAAGUUAACAAGAUAUGUAAUUCGUCUCCCUCCUUUUCUUUCUUCCUCUUCCUCUUAUUUCUCGCGCAGCUCGACCUGGACAUGUCUCUGUGUCCUCUCUCCGUCCUGCUGCUGCAGCUGCUGCUGCUACAGAUGAUUUGUUUCAGUGAUCAGAUCAUACGGAUAUUAUAAUAUUCAGUUUUGUGAGCCAAAUUUAUUUUAUAUGCCAACAUCUAUGAAAGAAAGAGCCAGGCCACGGAGCGCGAUGCGUCAUUUACGCACAGAUGGUUCCGAUUUUAAUGGCAUUUUUGGAGUUUAUGUUGUGAUCUGUGCGCACAACCCACCUUUGUCUUGUGAGGUUUGAAUAUAUGCAACUUUAUGUGAGUGUCUUUAUUUGUGGAAAAGGGUGUUUGUCUUACCAGUGAUCCAACAUUUGAGAGAGUGUGGAGGACGCCCAAUGCAGCACUUACAGUGACACUUGUUGAGGAGCUGCCUUCUGUCGCCAUCGUGUGGCAUUGCUGUAUUCAGACAUCUCUUGAUCUCUUUGACUACUUCACGAAAAUAGUAAUACGCCUCGCCGGUGGCGAAUUUAAAGGCGAGGAGAGGAGCUCAGGUGAUGGUGAAAACAGGUCUCGGCUGUGUAAAACCCACUCCACGCCCUCUCUCCUCCCUCGCUACGACUUAUGCCGCUGGGAGGAGCUGAGUUAGGGAGGGGGGAUACUUACGCCGGGCUGCGCCGCUCACCAAAAUACCAAAUUAUGCUUGGGAAUGCCUUGUCGGCGCGGCGGACCUGACUUACGCCGCGUCUGCGGCGAGGCACGAAAAUAGAGCCCACAGAGUUAAGUUGAUCUAUUGUUAAAGUUCAAUUGUGAGAUCUAACUGGACUACUCCCUUGUGUUGGUCCCGAUGUUCCAGAAUCUCUUGAUUGUCAAAAGCAUGUCGACCUCUGCUACGAUAGUUGACCCUUUUCAGCUCACUACCAUCAGGCUGACUCCUGAUUCAAAUCCUAUGUGUCGUCAUCUAUCAAAGCAAUCAACAAGCGCAUUAUCAUUACAGGUCCUAUGUCAAACAGAAAGCAAAUGACUGUAAAGCUCUGUACUGAUGAGGUAGCUUUUUAUUACCCUCCCCUUUCUUCUGUAACGUAUUUUUUUUUUUUUACUACAAAGGCUGUCACUCUUAAUCCAAAAUUAGAACCUUAAUUUGAACUAUGGGGGGAAAGUCCUCCAUUUUCCAAAAAUGGAGUUGGAAAAAAGCAAAAUCGGAGGCAGAAAUGAGAUGGCUACAUCUAUGAAAGGGGAUGCUAAAAUAACUUAAUAUAACUAAAAUAGCAAGUGCUAAAAUAACUUGCAUAUUAAAUUAACUGUAAAAGAUAAAACUUGUUAGACAAAGGACAGUCAGGCCCUUUCUCCUUAGUCUUUCAACUUUUUUAGAUCAUUUUAAAUAAUAUUUUUUCUGUCUGUCUUUUGGUCUUUCAUCCCAGCAGUCAGAAGGUCAGUCUGAAGGAGAGGGUCUUCUCAUCCCCCAGGAGUUCAGGGACCAAAGGGAAGGGGUCUCCUCAGCACGGUAAGUGUUUGAGCUGUUUUCAAAUGUCACAGAUGUUGGACAUUUUACAGGGAACAGAUUCAUUAUUUAGGAAGUUUUUUCUGAAGAGACACACUCGUCCUGACAACGAGUGAGAACCAGAUGAUCUACCUCUUUCCCCGCACCUAUCCUCUUAUGAUGUACUGUAAUUCCAGGAGCUGGUUUGAAGAAAACCUGCAUCCUUUGGGGACUAUUACCAAGGCAACUGACACGCAUCGCAAUCCACAGUUCAAAUCCUUUUUGUCUUUACCUGUCUCUAGUGGUUCCCGCUGGCACUCCCUCUGUGGGUCCUAGCCCUGGUGUGGGUUCUGGAGUUCCUGGGACCAUGGGGGGCGUACAGGCUUUGCGCAGGUCCCCAAGCAUGGAGCCAAGUCUUGAAGACAGUCCCAGCAAAGUACCAAAGAGUUGGAGCUUUGGAGAACGUAGCAGAACCAGACAGGCCUUCAAGAUCCGGGGAGCGGCUUCACGCCAAAACUCUGAAGGUAACAGAGGCUGAGUCCGACCAGUCAGAGAAAACAUACACCAAGUGUAAAACUCAGUCAGGUGGAGCUCUAACACCCAAAACAAAACAAAACAAAACAAAACAAAACAAAGCAAACAAACAAACAAACAAAACAAAUAACCCAAGCUGCCAACACUGAGGAGACCUGUCUACCCAUUAGACAUCUGCAUUAAUGGUCCAGUCUUGGUCAGCACACUGUUUUCAACUCAAGACAAUGCAUCAGAUAUUUCUUUUACCUGCAACACAACACAGUCCAAAAGAGCAACAUAACCCUCUUAGUUUUUUCUUCUGCAUUCCCAUUUUGUUUUUUUUGUUCAAGACUUUUCAAGACUCGUAUCAAAGUCAAAUCGGGGAUCUUCUCACAACAGCCAAAUAUUUAUACAACUCUUAUUUUGUUAAAGGAAUAGUUAAUGAUGGAUUUUAUUAACUCAUAGUGAAUGCAUUCAAAAAUGUGGAUACAAACUGUGCAUCAUCAUCCUCAAGGAUGGUCUGAUCAUGUCCUCAACGUGCAGUGGGCCCGACAAAUUUGCUGUACUCAUUUCAUCACCUGACCUCUGCAGUUUUUUGUAACUCUGACUUUUAAGCACACAUAACCAUACCAACAUUUCUGCACAACUCUGCAGGAAGUGCCUGAUUUUGAAUGCAGCUGACGCACACUCUUCAUUCUGCUGUGCCUGCUUUUUGUGACCUCUCUGCUUUGUGAGUGUGUGAUGCACGACCCUGCUGCAGGUCUACAGCUUUUUCAACAUCAGCCACAGAGACAGAGAGAAAAGGAGAAACAGACACAGCAAUGUAACUGGGUCACAACUGUCUUUUUAUCCAAAUCAUCUUAAGUUCACCGUCUAGUGUCCACAUAUGUUGACACUUUAAUGACUCAGCUGGACCUUGAACAAUACACAACAUCAUUUACAUAUUUAGUAAAACACCACAGGAAGUUGAAAUCAGCUGAGCACGCUGCAGUUUUCAAUCUCCUCUGUCAUGUGAAACUAAAUGUGGAACAAUGAAGCAUCAGCAGUUAGGCAUCUCUAAAGGGCAUACUGAGCCUUUGGCGCAACAACGGUAACAACUACCUCAAAACGAGUGGCUGUAAGCCUAUAAACUUGUAUUUUUUUUUAUUGUGUCCAUGAUCUGAUGUAAUUGAUAGUUUUCUAAUGAUACCACUUGCUCGUUACGCACAAGGAAGAAUAGUCCUUCAAGCGUCAGAUACAACCAAUAGCUAAUACAGAUCAUUUCGCCAAUUUAUGCAGUGGGCCAAUUUUAACUUCCAGGUUUGUUAUAUAUGUAUAUAUGUAUAUAUAUAUAUAUAUAUAUAUAUAUAUAUAUAUAUGUAUACUACCACAGAUUAAGAUCACUAAUUAAAAAAAAAUUAGAUUUUUUUUUAUUGACUUCAGUUCAAAGUACUUUGAAUGCACUGCAAAGGUGACAGAGGUUGUACUGUCUAGCAGGAGCCUGUAGCUCUCCUGGCUGGCUCGCCAAAUGGGGUAGAUUGCAUGUUAUCUUUAAGGUUUAUAAGUUCCUGAGUAAAGUAAAUCUUACUUGAUCUAACAGUUGAAGAGCUGCAGCUGGAUACCUUGAAAUCCUUUCCCAUCCUUGAGAAGAAAUCCAGACACCCAACCAAAAAACAAAGAAACAAAAAAAAAAAACACAGGUUGGAUGGCAUUUCUUCAGUCCACAUCACUUACUUUGUACAGUUUCGAAUUACAAACAAAGCUGAACUGUUUUGUGAAGAUGCACUAAUUAACACAAAGGCCACUAAGGUAUCGGUGGAGUAGCUAAAAGCAUAGAUUCAGUGGCGACAAAAAAGAAGUAGGAAGUAGAAGCUGCCCCAAAGCUUACACUUAAUGCCAUAACUCUUUGAAUGAUUCUCUUUUUUUACUCUUUUCCUUCACAUUACAGAAAGUCCAAGACAUGACUGCCAGCCUCUCCUUGUGGCUCAAUUUCUCUCCGUCAUCCUUUGGAGCCAUCUGUUCCAGCAUAGCUUUCCCUAAAUUCCUGUGACCAAUCUCUGAUAACAAUGGUUGGCAUGUCCAGCAGGAUCCUAUAGCUCUCCUGGCUGACUUGCCAAAUGGGGUUGAUUUUUUUCUGCAUAGUUUUCUGAAUGCAAAAUGCUGAUUAAAGCUUAAAAGUUCCCUUAUGAAAUCAACUUUAAAGAAAUCUGACAGACGGAGAUCUGUGGAAGGGCACCUUGGAGGAUACCUUUACCUAAGUUGUUGGGACAGGUCUCUGAUACCAACUUCAAUGUCAGGUCAUAAGUCAGUACAGUGUGUCAAGAUAAACUCUCGAUCUAAAAGUUGUCCUUCAACCUACACAUGCUUGUCAUUUAAACAAUACUGCUCCCCAACAUUAUCAGCUCCUUUGGUUUUCAUACAUGAAGCUAACACUCUUGCUACAAUCUGAUUGUUAGUAUUUACCAUAUUUCAGCUGCCUUGAUCAAUAAUUCUCAUCAGCCUUGGUUUCUCCUGUGGUUUUGGUGCAAGCUUGCCUUGUUUCUUCUCUCAGGCAAACAGGAGACUUAUUUUACAUCAGUGUACUGUUACUUCACAGUGCUGUAAACAAAGACCAGUGAAGUAACAGUAUGCUGCUGACAUCUUUCUAACCUGCAGGUUAUAGCAUAUUAUAUUUAUGGCUCUGUUUUCCUCCUUUUUCCCCCAUAAGUCAUUGUCAGCAGCUACAACUCUUGGUAGAACAACAUACUGAUGAAAACGCACUAUUGUGGAUGUUAAACGGGGUCAAAAUUAUCCAACUUAAUAAAUCUUCCACUUUAACUAAACAAAAAAGCACUGAGCUAAAUUUUCCACUCUAAACCAGCAGGUUAUCCAUUUAAAAUGAUGCUGUCAUACUUUUCAUCUGUCAUCAUCAAAUCUUGAGUGAUAAGGAGAGAACUAUGAAGGAGAGUAGAGGAAAGGGAAAAGAGGAAAUGGUCCUAAGAGGAAACAUGGCAACUCUCAUCCGCUGACUGGUUUUAAAUAGUUUUUGCCUCCUUUUUUUGCCUUUUGUUGCUAUUUUACCAGUUUGGGAAACUUCUGGACCUGCAAAUUAAAAAAAAAAUAAAAACAACUCCUUUGACUCCUAGCCAUAGCUGCAUGAUGAACCCUGAUAAGUAGUUGGUAUCCUAUUAGCGUGUGUCUUUAUUAUUUGUUUGACUAUUUGUGCUAGGAAAAAAAAAAACAUUUCCCCCUGGUGUUUGUGCAAAGCCAGUUUUAUGGUCUUAUCCUGCUUGCAAUGUUCGAUUUUGACUAGGCCUCCCUUGCUUCCAGUGUUUGUGCUUUGCUAUGCCUAUAGUAGUUCCCUGAUUGCAGUUUGUGCUCAGAAAGUCUGGUUGUUUUCCCUGCCUGUAGUGUUUGUGCAAAGUUAGAUUAACAGUUUCCAGUGCUUUCAGUCUUUGAGCGAUCUCUUUUAAUGUCCAUGUAGAUUCUCAUUCAUCCAGGUCAUGGUUAUCUUGAAGACUUAAAAACAGGCAACUGGACUGUGUAGAGUUGAGAAGACGUUUCGCCUCUUAUCCAAGAAGCUUCUUCAGUUCUAAAAGUGCUAGUGUCAGGAGCAGAUGACACUAGCACUUUUAGAACUGAAGAAGCUUCUUGGAUAAGAGGCGAAACGUCUUCUCAACUCUACACAGUCCAGUUGCCUGUUUUUAAGUCUUCAAGAUGAUCUCUUUUAAUGCUCUCAGUACUCCUUUUAAGCUAAGCUAACAGCUUUCACCUGCACCCAUGAUCUAUGCUAAGCUAGGCAAGCAGUUUUCCCUUGCUUCCACCUUUUGUGCUCGACUCCUCCCUCAGUUUCCCUGCUUUCAGUGUUUGUGCUCAGCUCAGCCAAAAGCAUUUAAUCUGACAUUGACAUGGAAACAGGUUGAUGUUGAUGUUAUCUGUCACUAAUGUCGUUGAUGAGAAUCAAAUCAUGGUGGUUUCGUUGAUUUUGAAUAGAUUAAAAUCUGCCUCUGAUGAAGGUUUGUCUCCUCUCUCCUCCUCCUCCUCCUUCUCCUCCUGUAGUGCUGAUAGAGAUGCAGGAUGAAGAGUUCAGACAGAAGGGCUCCCCAGGUCAGCACACAUGCACCAACACAUACACACUAACCCAAUUUUAAUCAAUUAAUAUUUAAAAAAUACAUAAAAUAUUGACAUUUAAUCAAGUUGCAUUAAAUUGUAUUAACCCCAAUAUCUAAAUGAUCCAUGCCUUUGGGUAUGAUGGGCAUCUUUUCAGGUGCUUAGUGAGCAAUUAGCAAUAGAUAAAAUCCCGCCAUAACUGUUGCCUCCAUGCAUUGCUAACAGUCCAAGUAGGAACUUCAGAUUUUGUUAUCAGAUCAAAAUCCAAACAAAAUUUCACCCUUUGCGAAAUAAAUGCAAAUCCCUGUUUGACGGUAAAUGAUAAGUUACAGAGAGGCUUUACUCUGGUUUCAUUCAGUCGUACGAACCUGAAAAAGAAACCAAUUUUCCUGGGUGUUCAAUGCAGUUAACAGGUCAUAUGUUUACCCCAUCUGUCCUCAAGGGCAGAAGGAACCAUUUCAUCUUUGUUUUAUUGAAUGGGGGUCAGACUGAACCUCUCUUAAGUCAGGGAAUCCAAACCCUGAUUGACUUUAGUGAGUUAGCACAACUGUUUGAUCUAGAACAACUAUUAGCUCCACUUGCACACAAAUAUCUGUUCAUAGAGAAUAAUGAAUGGUCGUUGGGUUACUGCUGGAUGCUGAGACCUCAUUAUGGUGGGAUGAGUCCCAGCUGGUUUUGCUCUCCAUGGUUUUUCUUGCAUACAUUCAAAUUGAAGCUACAGAAACCAGAGCACUUCUUAUGAUGAACUCCAGACCUCUGCUUGAAAAUCUCCCUUCAUAUGUGGGGUCUGUAAACACAAAUCAAAUCAAGAUACGUCUGCUUAUACAGAGUAUAGUCUCAGCUUGGGAGGAAAGUUCUGCAUGACACUGAUGUUUAAAUAGUAGGAUAUAUAUCCAGAAGGCCAUAGCUGGACAUGUCUGAACUUUUUGUUCUGUCUCUGGUCUGCCUGCUUUUAUGCAACAUAACGUUACGCUGGCCUCACACCGGAUGUGCGAAGGCUGACAAGUGGCUUAGUUUUUAUUUCAGCAUGGAUGCUGUCAAAAUCAAACCUUUUGCACCGCCAUUGUGAGUGCUGGUCUUGUGUCGGUCUCACAUGCCAAAAAUUUAGGGAAGGCUGACCUAUCUUUUCUGCGAGAUCUAGUCAAAAACCUUCAGAAAAAUGGCAAGGCAUUUAUAUCAUAAGCUUGAAAAAUGUACUGUGAGAGCAUUGUUGUAAUGCAUUUUAAAGCAUAGGUCAAGUCUGUCUGGAAAGACUCCAAACAAAAGCUUUUACUCUGAAGAUGACGGAACAGUCAUCUGGCUAAAGAAGUGAUUUGCACAGGACAAAAUGUUGUCAUAAAUCACAUAAGCUGCAAAUAUGCUUUGUUUACUCGGCCUGUUGGAUAAUAUUAGGUUGUGAAAAAUGUAUAUUUUUAGGAGUAUGCAUCUGCUCCUGGUCAGCUGGUAUGUCUGUGUUAAUCGAGCACUAAUUUUUAAUGUAAACAAGAUCAUUUUCCAAUGAUAUCAUCUACCAGUGUCACCGUUGCGACUCCCAAAAUUUACUUCAGGUAUGAAAAAAAGUAAACAAUGGCAUUGUGAGUCAUAAGGCUUUACAUUAUGUUCUCUCUUUAUAACUAUCUGUGUGUCUGUGCACAAAGUCCCUGCUUUUUACAAUAUAAUAUUUAUGUUUUUAAUAUAAAUCUAAUUGUUUUUCUGGAAGCUUUACCAUCUGAACCAGUCCUUCAUAGGUCUGAUAAAUGACCUGUUGAUUGAAGAGUACUAAUUAUUAUUUUAUUAACUUGCACUUAUUAUGAUUUACAGCAGCCUGAGUAAACACCAUGAUGGCAGGCACUGCAGCCGUCAUGUAUCCAGCGGUAAAGCCUGUGUAAUAAAACCUGCAGUCUGCCGUUGCUCAACCUUCAGGUAGGGGGCGCUGAAUGACACAGUCUUCAGGCAGUGUGUUGCUGUUUCAGAUGCCAGCAUACCCGGUGAAGAUCUGGUUGACGACAACAAGAGUUGCCACUGUGAGUUUGUCCCUCAGGAUCUGACCCCGGGGUUAAAGGUCACCAUCAGAGCCAUCUGGUACGGAGUGUUCGUGUUCAGCCUCUUUCAGAAAACCAUUUUGUUUUGUCAUCGAUCAUCGCUUUACUCACUGUUUAUUUGCUGGUUUAUGCACUGAACUCAUUAUGCUUUUAUUCACAUUAUUUUUUUGUUUGUUUUGUCAGUUUAUUUUGUGCUCACCCCAGGGUCAAAGGUCACCAUCAGCUGCUGGGUAAGGCCUGCCAGUCUGACCUCCAGUAGAUUUCACUGUUUUCUGUUGUUUCACAGUUUAUUUUCUGUUUUUGUUGUUUGCUACUAAAGCUGCUCCAUCACUCUGCUGGAGAGACAUUUGCUCAUUUAUCUACUACUUUUAUUAUUGUUAUGAUUGAUUAUUAUGAUACACUUUGCUGUUGAUAUCCCUCAAGAAAUGUUAACACAUAACAGUACAAGUGUAGCAUAAAGCUUGUCUAUCAGUGGGUCUGUAUUCCUGGUCUAGGUAAGGAGCCUUUGUAUCAUCCAUCAAUUCCCGUCACUGCUGGUCCUGGUCCUGGUAAAGUGAAUGAAUGACACCCCAAAAGCCACAAAUUAGGACUGUGUCUGACACAGAGCUCUGAUUUGUGAUGAUAUCUGGCCCAAAGUUGACCAGACAUGGUCUGAUUUUUCUGUUUUACCAGCAAGUUAAAAGUGUGAUUUGGUCAAAGUGUGACAUCAAAACCAUUGCACCAUCAUCUGAACCAACUCCAGACUCUGGCUCCAAUGGUGCCACCAGCAUAUGAUGUCAACACUUGUCACUGUGUGCAAAUCCCUGUUUCAAAAGCAGUUGAGAAAGGAGCAUCAGCUCUUCUUUCCCAACUCUCUGUAAAUGUUACUGAACCCUGCAGACCAGUUUCUGGAGUUUGUGAAGUGAAAAGUUGUCCCAUUCUUGCCUGAUAUAAGAUUUCAGCUGCUCGCAAGUUCAGGGUCUCCUUUGAUGUAUAUUUGUGCCAUGAUGCUCCAAAUGUUUUCAAUGGGUGACAAGUCAGGACUGCAGGCAGACCAGUCUAUCAGCAGGACUUUUCUACUACAGAGCCAUGCUGUUGUAUUACCUACAGAAUGUGGUUUGUCAUUGUCUUGCUGGAAUAUGAAGGUCUUCCCUGAAAAGGUCAUUGGGCUCUAUUUUCGUCCGCGCCGGUGAGGCGGCGGAGGGCGGCGAGCCCCGCGCAGUUGUAUUUUCGUCUGGCGGAACCCGGUGUAAGGCGAGUUUGGUAUUUUCGUGGACUGAGUUGCACGGAGGCGAGCCGAGAUCCGCCAAGCUGGGCGUGGUGGCGUGGCAGGGGGAGGUGUUGACAGAAUCAGCUGGCGCAGUGACAUUUUCGUGCUCGCCACUGGCGUGUAACGUGCGCUGAAAGCUCGCCGAUUCAAACCUGGUCAGCUUUCAGCGCAAGGCGGAACGCAGCUGGUCUAGUAGUAUUUUGGUAGACCGGCGGCGUAUCGACAUACGUCACUGAUGCCUCACCGGCAGGUUUCCACAGUGUCAGGCACAUUUCAGUGCAAUAAAUAAUCAUCAACUAUUAAUCUGAGUCAGCACAUACAUUUAGAUCUAUAUCGAUAUAUUCUGAUCUAUAUCUGAUCUGAUGAGCGCGUUUGGCACGCGUUUGGACACACAACCUGACCGGAUCAACACAGCUGAAACCGCAUCAAAUUAAAUUAAAUAUCUAGUACAUAAACACACAUGAUGAAGUUAACAAGAUAUGUAAUUCGUCUCCCUCCUUUUCUUUCUUCCUCUUCCUCUUAUUUCUCGCACAGCUCGACCUGGACACGUCUCCGUGUCCUCUGUCCGUCUUGCUGCUGCUGCAGCUGAACAGAUGAUUUGUUUCAGUGCUCAGAUGCGUUAUCUACUUUAAGCCGACAUACGGAUAUUAUAAUAUUCAGUUUUGUGGGCCAAAUUUAUUUUAUAUGCCGACAUCUAUGAAAGAAAGAGCCAGGCCACGGAGCGCGAUGCGUCAUUUACGCACAGAUGGUUCCGAUUUUAAUGCCAUUUUUGGAGUUUAUGUUGUGAUCUGUGCGCUCAACCCACCUUUGUCACGUGAGGUUUGAAUAUGAACAACUUUAUGUGAGUGUCUUUAUUUGUGGAAAGGGUUGUUUGUCUUACCAGUGGGUCCAACAUUAUGCACACUAAAUCCAUCUGUGCUCAUAUGAGAGAGUGUGGAGGACACUUGUUGAGGAGCUGCCCUCUGUCGCCAUCUUGUGGCAUAACUGUCUUCAGACAUCUCUUGAUCUCUUUGACUACUUCAUGAAAAUAGUAAUACGCCUCGCCUGUGGCGGAUUUAAAGGCAAGGAGAGGAGCUUAUGUGAUUGGUGAAAACAGGUCUCGGCUGUGUUAAACUCACUACACGCCCUUUCUCCUCCCCGUCUACGAUUUAUGGUGCUGGGAGGAGCUGAGUUAGGGAGGGGGGAUACUUACGCCGGGCUGCGCGGCUCACCAAAAUAUCAAAAUGUGCUUGGGAACGCCUUGUCAGCGCGGCGGAUCUGACUGACGCUGCGCUUGCGGCACGUCUCCGGCGAGGCACCAAAAUAGAGCCCAUAGUCUGGAUGGCAGCAUAUGUUGCUCCUAAAUCUGUUGAUAUUGCUCAGCAUUGAUAGAGCCUUCAUAGACAUGGAAGCCACCUAUGACAUGGACACUUAUGAUCCCCAUACUAUCAAGGAUUCUGACUUUGGACUGUGCACUGAUAAGACAAGUGAACCCUCUCUUCUGAAGAUGCAAGAUCCAAAGUUUAAUGCAACAGACCACAGGACAGCUUCCCAAGGGGUUGGGGUCUUGACAAGUCAGUAGAGUUUAUAUUUGGUUUCCAUUCUGCAUGUUCACUCUUAGUGGAUGCAGUGAUGAGCUGUGUUAAAGGACAAUGGUUUUGGAAAGUGAAUGUACUGAUUUCCACUACAGAGUCAUGAGUGUUUCAAAUGCAGUGCCUUCCUAAAGAUAACUGCCAACCAUAACCCUAACUUUAACUCAAGGUUUCCUCUGGCAUUUCUUCAACAGUCAGCUCCUUAAGAAGGAUCCUGAUUCCUGAUUCAAAGUUGAACCACAAUAGUUGGCUCUGUGAACAGAAAUGAGCGGUGAUUCUACUCCAAGCUCCCCACUCUGUCUUUAAAGGUCCAAACACCCUGCUAAGAAGUUCAGACCCACUGUCAGUAGAAUAUGAUUGUUUAACAUCAGUGAAGCACACAAAGACUGGUCUAGACCAAGUGUGGUCAAUUAGUCCUGUUUGUGUCAGAGACCAGCAGAGCUAGUUCUCACCAUUUGAGGUUGGGUGACUGGACUUCCUGUUCUGUCUCUCUCCCAGUAUCAUGCGUUUCAUGGUGUCUAAGAGGAAGUUUAAAGAAAGCCUUCGUCCCUAUGAUGUCAUGGAUGUGAUUGAACAGUAUUCAGCUGGACACCUGGACAUGCUGGCUCGAAUCAAGAACCUACAGUCAAGGUAAAGACCCGACCCUCCCGUGUACUGGUAUUUCAGCAUUCCCUAAUGGAGAUGGUCGAGUUUUAAAUUAGUUGACUCCAUGUUAUUGUUUUGGGACUCACAGUUUUGUUUUCGAUCGGCAGGGUGGAUCAGAUAGUUGGCCGAGGAACUCCAAUUGCAGACAAGGACCGUCCAAAAGCAGCCAAUGAGGAGCUUCCUGAGGACCCGAGCAUGAUGGGACGUCUGGGGAAAGUGGAGAAGCAGGUGAUCCACAGAAAACAAGUCUGAAAUUGAAAGGACUCGGGCACUGAAAGCGUAGAGUCCACAGUUGUUGGUUUUUCUGAGGUGAUGCCAAAUUUGAUUGGUUCUCUGCAUAUCUUGUGUCUGUCAGGUCCUGUCCAUGGAAAGGAAGUUGGACUUCCUCGUCAACAUCUACAUCCAGCGAAUGGGAAUCCCUCAGGCUGAGACUGAUGCCUACUUUGGGUCCAAGGAGCCGGAUCCGGCCCCGCCCUACCACAGUCCUGUGGAUCAUCUGGAGAAGAGCCAGUCCAUCUCCAAGAUCAUGCAGUCAGUGUCUGCUGUUCACACAUUUUGUUUGUUUAAUUUGUUUAUGACACUUUGUUUACCUUUGUGUUUGUUGUGCAGAUGUUUCUGUUUGUAAGUAUGUUUAUAUUGUGUAUUGUUCAGGGUGAUGCCUGGCGAACAUGUUGAGAAGAGUCGUUCGAUAACGAAAAUGGUCCGUUCCAGCAGCUCUACCGGACACAGGAAUUACAACACCCCUACCUGUCCCCCCUCCACCUCCUGGCAGCCCAUCAGCUCCCAGCUUUGCCAACAGGCUCCACAUCCUCCCCAGCGCAGUCAUGGCAACACUCCAAGUCCAGUGGGGGAUGGGUCUCUGGUACGACUCCCACCCCCUCCGGCUGGAGAGAGGCACAGCGGGAAUCGAUCAAACCGACACAGCACAGGAGAUCGAGGGGGAGGUGAGGGGGCUAAAGGGACUGGAGGAGGAGGUGGGGGAGAAGGAGGGGGAGGAGAAGGGGAGGUGAAGCCGGACAGCGAGACCUCCAUCUCCAUCCCCUCUGUAGACCACGAGGAGCUGGAGCGCUCUUUUAGUGGUUUCUCCAUCUCACAGUCCAGAGAGAAUCUGGACUUCCUCAACAAUGGCUUCUACUCGUCCACGGCCAACAUAGGGGACCACAGAGGAGGGGGAGGAGGCACUGCCCGCUGUGCCACUGUCCGGCCCUACAUCGCAGAGGGGGAGUCGGACUCCGACUCAGAGCUCUGUGCUCCCUCACCUCACACUGAUCGCGCCUGGACUGGAACCCAGUAGGAAGUGAGCAGGAGCAGAACCAGCAAAACAAACGAUAAUCAAAAUGUGACAAAAAACUUUGAAACUGAGGAGUGAAUCAGGUCUGAGGGAACAAAUGGAGUCAAAGAUUUAAACACCAGCUGGGGUUAUGGACUGAAGCAUCAUGGGAACUGCACUGAAAGCACUGGAUGAAGGCCAUGCUGUUUUUAUUCAUGUGAAUGUUUGAACCUGUACAGCAAAUGUUUGUCAUCACUGUCACUGACUUGUUCACUGCUCGGACACGCUCACCUGUUAUAAGUCCACCGCAGUGUUUGCUCACAUCUGACUGCUCCACCGCAUGGACUUAGCAACAUCUGGCAGGUCUACUUCGACAACAUGCUCACCUAUGAUUGGUCCACGGCAGAGACCAUGUCACACCUAACUGGUUCACUGCAGCUUCAUACUGCUCAACAUAACCACAGCUAGUCAUUUUCAUGUCACGUUAUGCUUCACGUUAAAUGUUAACAACAUGCACAGCAGACUGUCAGACCGCAAUGCAAACAUUUUGUCUUUUUGUCCCUAUGUCCUGUUUAGUAUUACAAUACAGUAACCUGAAUUUUUCUGCAAGUAAAAAAACUGUAACUUUGUCAGUCAAGUUUUCCAACAGGGAGAUAACAGAGGAGAAGGAUGUGAUGUUUUCACUCCGCCUGAUCCCGACUUCUUUUGAAAUUUUUACUCAAAAGCUGACAGGAAAGGUUCUCGUAGAGCCAGAGUGAGAUAUUUGUCUUGCAGCACACCCUAGAUUUUCAGGAAAUUUCCAGGAGUCUGGUGCACAUAUGAAUGCAGCGACACAAAUACGAGGGCUCACAUAGGUUCAGACUCCACCAAAUACCUACUUUAAUGUGUGAUUUAAAAGAGAGUCUAUUUGGACCUUGAAGCGUUAUUUGAUGUGAGCAUAAUGCAAAAAAAACUAUCAGUGUUAAAUGUAAAUCACUGAUGUACACCUAUACAGGCUUGCUUGCCUUUCCAUGCAGAUUUAUGUGUGACUAAAAAUAUCACAAUGACUGGUAUCUAUGACUUCAACACUCUUUUUACUCUUCAUUAAUCCUAGUGUUAGAAGUUUGAGCUUUUUGACUGCUAAUCUUACAUAUUUUACUGUAUUUUUAAACUGGAUAUUUAACUUUUACAAGGAUAAAUCUUUAAAAAUGGCCAUGGUUGUCUCAGGUAAACCUCCCAAAACCCUUACUCUACAGAUCAGGACAUAGCCACUAAUAUUAGCUUUAGCUCUGUUAGCAUUGAGGACUAGCUAAACAGAGGUUAUUUUAACCCUAAACGUAUUAUCUCUGCAUAACCUGUAACACCACAAAGUACUGUAGUUAGCUGUUAGUUUCUAGCCAUAGCAGCAUUGGUUUACAUUGUUUGUAGAUAGCUUGUUAACACAAAAAUGCUAAUAUUAGCAGCCGUAAUGAGAAAAUUCAUACAGUUGAAGUCAAUCAUAGCACUUUGCUGGUAAAUUCACAUCGUUGUCCUGCUCAUACUGUAAAGAUUUUACUUCCAUGACCUCCAGCUCACUAUACAUGCCUCCACUUUUUACCAACUCAAGAACAAAUGAAUCAAUGCAAAAUGUUAAGAACAAUAAUACAAAGAUAAUAUUAUAAUCAUACAAUGAUAUGCUCUGGGAAAUAAGUAAGGGGUAAUUUACAGUGAAUAGAUUUUUAUGCAAAUUAUAAUCUUGACAGUGUGAGCAGGACCGUGGUACAAAGUAAAGGGAUUUUUUUUCAUACUGAAGGAACUCUUUAAGUUGCAGAUCCUCUGCUCACUAUACAUCACCCACUUAUUACCAGGCCACCAACUAAAGACGUAUAAAAGUUGACACAAAUAUGAUUUUAUAAAUAACUAUCUCUACAGGUAUAAUAUUGCUAUGACAGAAAUAGAUCCCUAUCAGCCUCCAAGAUUAAACAGAAUAUUUCAAUACAUUUUCAAGUUACAACAUUAACCUGCUCAUUUGAUCUAAUUCACAUUCACAUUCACCUUCUGCACAUGCUACACAGCUUUCAUUCCGGGCUUUGGCCCAGAAGUGAAACAGCAUAAGAAACCAGAGGGUGAUCAAUUGUCAGUGAGUUGGUUUUUGCCAGAUGCUUGUAUUACCAAGACAAAGACAGUAGUCCAGUUAAAUCACCCGUUCAAACUAUUGACUUUACUGUACAUGUAAACAUACUGAUUAUUUCUCUACUCUUUAGACCAGCCUGAGAUGGACACUCAUGUUUUUAGGCAGGGGUGGAAAGUGCUGGUCUCCUUUCUGGUUUGAUGUACUGUGUUUGAUCAGGUAAUCCCUGGUGUCACUGGUGUUAUUGAGAUUUUUUCACUGUGGUUUUGGGGAUGUGGACCAAUCACAAUUUAGUAUCUAACACAGCUGGGUAAUCAUAUUAGCUCAAUUACAAUUAAGAUAAUCAGCUUGGAUUCAGUGAAUGGUAAGUUAAGAGUGGUUUUUGUGAUUCUUAUCCGAUUUCUUGUAAAAUUCAGCAAAAAUAGCAACAGGAAUGUAAACGACACAAUGUUGAUGAGAAAACACAGAUCUGUGGAGCAAGACAGUGUUUGGAGGAUCGGUGUCACUUCAGGAAACUAAAAUACGUCAAAAUUACCAAAAAAAUGUAUCAACUUCAGCCUGAGGUCUUUGCUUAGUUUAACAUGUUUGACCAGCAUUGAAAAUAAAUGUUAAGUUUGUUCUGAGGGGGCACCAAAGGUAUGAUUGUUAAGCCCCGCCCACAAACACUACUGUUAAUAAAAGGCUACAAGAUGAAACAAAAGAAGGACAGACUUGUCUAUGUCUGGCUGAUUUUUGAAUGAUCAUCCUGUGAUUAUUUCAUCAGCGCUUCACUGAUGACCUUUUGUUUUUAAAAUUAAUUUGAACAGAUACUCUUCAUUCACUGUCUAUCUUGUUUAUGGCCUUUUAAAAGUUUUUCUUUUCCAGAAGAGAAACUUCAGAGCAUCUGGAGAGGAAAAUUAAUUCGUGUAUCAUCUCCCUGUCCAUCUGUGUGCCUAACUUCAGUCUGUCCUGAGAUGAUGUCUGAACACACAAAUGUGAAACUUCUAACCAAUUGCUGUCUGUCUGUUCACAUGAAAAUCAAGUUGUGUUUGAUCCAAAUCCUUUAAAUGUGUUUGAGGAAAUCCGUAUGACAACAUCUUAUGUCUGUAUCACACAAACUGUAUCUGUCCAUAAUGUUGCCUGUUGAUUGUAUUUAAAUAUUUAUUAAAGACCUUUAACCACAACAUGAACCACAUAACGUCUUUU